CAGAGCGGCCGGGGAGUCGUCCAGCGCGGUCCCGCCGGGCGUCCAGUCCAGUCCGGUCCCGGGGCCCGGCCGGUGAUGGUGGCGGCGGCCUGAGCGGGUGCGAGGGCAGGCCGCGCGCGGGAGACGAAUGAGGAACCACCUCCUCCGGCUCUUCAAGUACCGGGGCCUGGUGCGCAAAGGGAAGAAGGGCAAAAGGCGAAAAUGGCCAACUUCCUCAUCCGCCCCGCCGGGCCCGCAGACUGCCCGCAUAUCCUCAGGCUCAUCAAGGAACUGGCUAAAUACGAAGACAUGGAGGCGCAGGUCAUGUUGACGGAGAAAGAUCUGCUCGAAGACGGCUUCGGCGAGCGCCCUUUAUACCACUGCCUGGUUGCGGAAGUGCCGGAGGAGCACUGGACGGAGGAAGGAUACGGCAUCGUCGGGUUUGCCAUGUACUACUUCACGUACGACCCGUGGAUCGGAAAGUUGCUGUAUCUCGAAGACUUCUUUGUGAUGAAGGAUUUCAGAGGUUUUGGCAUCGGGUCCGAAAUUCUGAAGAACCUGAGUCAGGUCGCCGUCGACUGCCGCUGCAGCAGCAUGCAUUUCCUGGUGGCCGAGUGGAACGAGCCCUCCAUCGAGUUCUACAAGAGACGGGGCGCCGCCGAUCUGUCCAGAGAGGAGGGGUGGAGGCUCUUCAAGAUCGACAAGGAGUACCUGCUGAAGAUGGCGUCCGAGGAGUGAGGCGUGCCACGGGGCGACGUCCGAGUCCCGGCCCGCUCUGCGGCGAAUAUAUUCUUCUCUUGCUUUCUAUCCUGUCGUCUGAGGGAGUCUUGGCGCGGGCUCUCGUUCGGAAGCUCUGUCGCCCGUGGGAUCGAAACCUGAUAGCGGCUGCGUUCGGGUGUCGGAAGAAAGGUCGGUCUCGCUAACUUGUUUUUCCUUAAACGUUUCCAAGAAGGUGUGCCGUCUUUACGUGCGGAGGAAAUAAAAGCUUCAUUCUCGUGAGUCAUUUUAAAUGUGUACAGUGUACACACUGGUAUAUGGAGUUUGAUUAUUUUUUUUGUUUUAAUAAACUGGCCUUUCACUUUAA